AAAACAGCAAAGAAACAGAUAGGGAAAAAAAAAGAAGAAGAAGAAAGAAAUGGAGGGAUGUGAAGGGAUGAUGAAUGAUGAUCAGUUUCCAGGAUUCCAAAUCAUGGUUCCUGAUGAAAGAGAUGAAUUCAUGAAGAUACGAAGGCUGAGUCGGCUACAAAGGCGCGCGCCGCGGCCUCUUCAAGUUAAACCGCCUCCGGGUGCUAGCAUUUGCUCGACGGAGCGAAAGAAGGCGGCUGCAUCAGCAAAUUCAUCCACAACAGAGUACUCUGUAUCAGCAACACCUUCUAAUGGUAGCAAUAGUACAUUUGGUAGUAAUAGUACUUAUGGUUAUCAUCAGUAUAGUAAAGAUCCUAUCCCUCUUCUGUCUCCAUUAGUGUUGCCUUCCUUGCUCCAACCAGGAGGGAUGGAUUGAAAGUUUUUUUGGUUUUGUGUGUUAAUGCAAGUUGUGGUAAUUCAAACCAGUACUCUGUACAUUGAGCAAAGGGUGUG